AUGACAGAGUUCCAACCUGUUACUACCCCUGUUAAAAAGAGGAAGCUAAACAUCUACAAAAAGAUCUUAGCAUCAAUUGUACUCGGUGGUUUGUUUAUUUAUCAAGCUUCAAACCAUAUCAAAUCAUGCUCUCAAACUGAUAACACCAUCUACGAUGAAACUACACCAGUUGUUGCUGUUCGUCCACCAAAUUACAAUUCUGAUUUCAAUAGUGCUUUUAAAAACUACUUCGAUGAAGAGUUUAGAAACAAAUCAAUUGCAAAGUUAGCAGGUGCUGUUAGAAUCGAAACUGAAUCAUAUGACAAUGGUCAAAGUCCAGUGGAUGAUAUAACCAAUUGGAUCAAAUUCUAUAAGCUUCAUGAUUAUCUCAAGGAUACUUUCCCAUUGGUAUAUGAGACUUUAAAGGUUGAAACUGUUGAUAAGAUUAGUCUGCUGUAUACUUGGGAGGGGUCAGACCCAGAUUUGAAGCCAUUGUUAUUAACUGCUCAUCAAGAUGUUGUUCCUGUUGAACCAAAGACAAAGAACUUAUGGACUCAUGAUCCAUAUGGUGGGGUUUUCGAUGGUGAAUACCUUUGGGGACGUGGAUCUUCAGAUUGUAAAAAUUUGUUGAUUGGUACUUUGGAAGCAGUUGAACAAUUAAUUAAAGAUGGAUUUAAACCAACAAGAUCAAUCAUUUUGGGAUUUGGUAAUGAUGAAGAGAGUACUGGAUUUGGUGCUAGUGCAUUAAAUAGAACGAUCACAGAAAGAUAUGGUUCUGACUCGAUAUUUGCUAUUGUUGAUGAGGGUACCGGUGUAAUAAAUUAUGAUGACCAAUAUAUUGCCAUCCCAUCAACUGCUGAAAAAGGACAUUUGAAUGUGUUUAUCGAACUAACAACUCCGGGAGGCCAUUCAUCUGUUCCACCUGAUCAUACUUCGAUCGGUAUCAUUUCAAGAUUGGUUGCACUACUGGAAGACCACCCAUUUGACCCAAUUUUGAGUGCAAAGAAUCCACUAUCUCAAUUUUUGAAAACUGUAACUAAAGAUUCCAAAAAUGUACCUGAUUCUUUGAAAAAAGACAUUCAAAACUUGGAUAAAGACAAAAGUGCAAAUGAAAGGGUUAUUGAAUACUUGUCUAAAGAACCAUCUACAAAUUAUGCAAUUCGUACGAGUCAGGCCAUUGACAUUAUUCAUGGUGGUGUAAAGUCAAAUGCUUUGCCCGAAUAUGUUACACUGUUGAUAAAUCACCGUAUCUCUGCUGACUCAAAUUCCAAAGAAACGGUUGACCAUUUCCUAACUCAUUUGAAAAAAAUUAGCAAGCAAUUUGAUUUAGGUAUCAUUUUGGAUGGCGAAUUUAUUAUUCCCUCUACAAAGAAUGGUGUCUUCAAUGUUUCUGCACAAGAUCCUUUAGAACCAUCUCCCAUCAGCCCUAUAGACGGAGAAAUCUGGGAUGUAUUUGCAGGUACUAUUAAACAUGUGUUUGAUGACAUUGUUUUGAAGGAUACUAAUGAAACUUUAAAGAUUGCUCCAUAUUUAAUGGUUGGUAACACGGAUACUAGACGCUAUUGGGGCCUGACAAGAAAUAUAUACAGAUUUCAAGCUCAAUUGGCAAAAAGUGAAGACUUGACAUCAGGAAUCCACAGUGUGAAUGAGCAUAUUUCUGUUGAUCAACACUUACAAGUUUUAACCUUUUUGUACGAAUUUAUCUUGAAUGUUGACAAGGUGAAAGAUAACUAGGUAUUUCAUUAAUUAGUAUACGUCAAUAAAUACGUUCUUUGUUUGAUCACAACUUCAACACGUAUAGAAUUUAUCAACCAUUUCAAUCGCAGCCUCUGCCCACAUUUCGCCAAUAGUAUUACUACUGCAAGCUGCUGCAGAGCUUGGCAUAUUCUCUUCUUGAUCAAACCUAUCAAUAAUUCCUGUGACAAUCGGGAUGUUGAUAAGAUAUGGUAAUCUUUGCAAGGCGUCAAUAACCGAUUCACCCUGUGAACUUUGAACACUAUGUAUAAUAUUAUUUUUAACCACUCCAAUGACAAUGAUAACUUGUAGAAAAAUUGCUCGUGAUCUUAGUAUUUCAAUAAACCGUUUGGUAGCUAACGGAAGCUGAGAUAGACAGCAGAUUGAUUCCACAUAUAUAUUUUCUUCCUUGACAUCUAGAGCUUUCAACUUGUGAACCGCACCAAAGACGAGCUUCUCACUGUC